AUGAGAACUACUUCAUCAUCCUGGGCACAAGCCCUUUUGCUGAUGAGCGCAGCGACUACGCAAGCAGCGCUCAAUCUCCAUGAGACUAAUGUACGACCUGAAGCCAUCGGAAGGCGGAUCCAGGACUUGAUCUCCGGAGAAGUAUACAACGGAAAUCUCGUUGCUAGGAAUGCACAAAACGGACUUGACGCGAAUGCCUUACUUGCCGGCAUUGCUCAGGGCCAAGGCCAAAGGCCCAGCACCAGUGACAUUACCUCGAGCGACGUCGCUGGAAGCAUUGCAAACCAAGUUGCUGGUGGAAGCACACCAUCCAUCAACGAUGUCCUUAACGGCCUAAGUGGGCAACAGCAAAGCGGAACGAACAGCCAGAGCACAUCGCAACAGCAAGGUCAGACUGCUCCAGUGGGAACCACACCACAAGCCGCACAAGGGAUCGCGCCAGGUGGCAGCCAGUCUGCACCUGGUGUUGCAUCAGGUGGUAGCCAAUCUGCACCUGGUGUUGCAUCAAGUAGUAGCCAAUCUGCACAAGGGGUCGCUUCAGGUGCGAAUCAAGCUGCAUCGGGUACUGCACAGAGUGGUAGCCAGCGCCCACCAAGCGACAUCAACACUAGCAAUCCUGCAGGUGAUCUUGCAAACCAACUCGCACCCCAAACUCAAAGCGAGAACCCCGUCGUUGAUGUUGGAGGAAGCCUGGUGAACCAACUCCUGCCUGGCGCACAACCGCCACAGGGUCAAGCCGCGGCGCAGCCACCACAGGGUCAAGCUGCUACUCAACCUCCUGCUGCUCCUCCUGCGGCUCCUCCUGCGGCUCCUCCUGCUGCUCCUCCUGCUGCUCCUCCUGCGGCUCCUCCUGCGGCUCCUCCUGCUACCCCCUCUGCCGCUCCUCCUGCUGAAGCUGUUCCUCCCAUGAUGUCCGCUGGCGCAAGCAAUGCGACGACGCCUGUGGAGGCAGCCAGCCCGUCUGCGGAAAAGGCACCAGCAAAGACCAGCGAGGCUCCAAAAGAAGCACCUAUGGAAGCUAGCGCAGCUGCACCCAAGCCGUCAGAGGCAAGCGCCUCUACUACCAAAGCCAGCCCUUCGCCAGCGGAAGCCAAGCCUUCACCAACAGAAUCCACAGAGAAAACAAGCGCAGCUGCAAAGGAAGCACCAGCGGAGGCGAGCUCAUCUGCAAAGGAAGCGCCAGCAGAGGCAAGCACAUCGGCGAAGGCAGAAUCAGCAGAGGCAAGCUCAUCUCCGAAAGCAGUACCAGCGGAGGCAAGCUCAUCUGAGAAAGCAGCACCAGCGGAGGCUAGCACAUCGGCAAAGGCAGCACCAGCGGAGGCAAGUCCAUCUGCAAAGGCAGCACCAGCGGAGGCAAGUCCAUCUGCAAAGGCAGCAUCAGCAGAGGCUAGCACAUCGGUAAAGGCAGGAUCAGCGGAGGCAAGCCCAGCUGCGAAAUCAGCACCAACAGAAUCAAGCAAACCUACAACUGUAGCAGAGGCAGCAUCGACGUCGCUACCAGUCAAGACAGUGUUCCCCGCGGGCAAGUCAGCUCUGCCUAAAGUAACCCCUAUUCCAUGGACAAACUCACCUGCGGCAGCAGGAAAGCCAGCGGGUGAGGAGAGCAGCACGAAAGCUAUGAUGCCUGCUGCGGAGAAAGGAUCCCCAUCAGAAGCUCCAUCAGCGGCUGCCGCAGCGCCUCCUGCUGCUGCCGUGACUGUGUCUGCCGGAGGAGAAUCACCAGCUGGUGUAGUAGCUGCCGCUAACGAGACUACUACUAUGGCGGCAGCAAUUAACUCUGCAACUUUGAAGGCUGGUGGGCUUCUUGCCGCAACGACUACGAGUGCAGCGGGAAGUGCCAUAACUGUCCAGGCUGGAGGAAACAGCACCUCAAACACCGGUGCUGCGAAGGCAGCUGCUUCAUCUUCUAGCGGCGCGCCAGCAGCAGCGGUCACAGUUGUCGCUGGUGCUGGCAAUGAAGCCUCAUCAGCUGAAUCAAAGAUGAACGGAACAACCCCAGUAGCCGCAGCCGCAGCCACAGGACCCGUUACCGUUGUUGCAGGUGGAAGCAAUGCAACUUCGACCGCUGUGGCGGCGGCCGUUGCCGCUCCCGCCGUCACUGUCGUAGCAGGCGAAGGAUCAAGCUCAGGCAAUGCCACGGCAGCAGCAGAAGCAAACGGAGGCUGCAACUGCGCGUGCGAAUGUCCCGCGGGAGCUUUUCCCAUGUCUGCCGCUCAACCAGCAAAGGCACAGGAGAGCAGAAGUACCAUGCAAACAAUGGCCAGCGCCCCAGUCACGAUUUCUGCGGGUGGAGAACCCGGACCUGGCGUUCAAGCAGCCGCUCCCACGACGCCUCCUGCACCCAUCAACUCGGCUAGUCUGACUACUGGAGGACUGCUCGUGGGCACUGCCAGUGCAGCUGGUUCAGGUGUCACUGUCAUCGCCAGUGGAGAAUCUCCGGCUUCUUCUGCUCCGGCUCCUGCUGCGGCAGCUACGUCGGCCGCUUCAUCACCUGCUCCGUCAUCAGCGCCUGCCGAAGCUGCCAGCUCAAGCCCAUCAGCACCGAUAUCAACUUCAGUUGCAGCGCAGAGCCAAGUCGCAGCCAACGCGCCGCCUCAACCUACAAUCGUUGGUUCCUCCAAUGCAGCAGCGCCUCCCUCUGCGCCGUUUGAUAUCAACACGGUUGCGUUGCAGAGCCGUGUUACGGUCAACUUGGGCCGGAGAGUGGCAAAGCCAACGCAGAUGGGAGCCUGGUGGUGA